CAAUCAGCCACGGAGGCGUCAAGGCGCAGGCGCCUCGACUCUUAACACGUGUCUCUCUCAUUUCACAGUAUCCCCUAAACUCGCAACGUAGAAAUGGCGGCUGAUGGAGGUAGCAUUUCGUUAAUAAAUCCAUGCGCUUUCUCUCCGGGGCAACACCAGUACCUUGCUUUAUCAGCACAAGACGGGCGGCUUCGAAUAUGGGACACCAGUAACAACACUCUGCACCAGGAAUAUGCGCCUUCUGCUCAUUUAAGCGCCACUUGUACAUGCCUCGCCUGGGGUCCAUGCAGAACAAGCAAGGAUGCUCCUCAACGAAAGAGACGGAAAUCUGAGGUGGCAUCAAGAAGUGAUCAGGUGGAUCUUCUUGCUCUGGGCACUGCAGCAGGCAGCAUUUAUUUGUACAGCUCUGUAAAAGGACAACUCCACAGCAAAUUGGAUGGGGGACAUGACAGUAAAGUAAAUUGUGUUCGGUGGCAUUCAGAAGAAAGUGUUCUAUAUAGCUGCUCAGAUGACACAUACAUAGUGGAGUGGGAUCUGCAGGCUGGCAAAGUAAAAUGCAAAUGGAAAGGUGAUAAGUGUGCAGUGACAAGCUUGUGUAUCUGUCCAGGAGGUAAGAUGCUACUGUCUGCUGGGCAGACCAUCAAAAUGUGGGACCUUGAGACCAAGGAGAUAUACCGGAGAUUUACUGGUCAUGCCACAGCAGUGACCACACUCUGCUUUGCCUCAACUAUGAAAACUUCUCAGAAUGUCGAAGGCCUUUAUUUCCUUUCAGGAGCUGUUCAUGACCGUCUUCUCAGUGUUUGGCAAGUGCGGUCAGAUGGGAAAGACAAAAAUGCAGUGCUAUCAUUAUCCUUGACAGAUGAACCCAUCUAUGCAGACUUGGCAUUGUCAGAAAGCAAAGAUGAAGCAGUUAAACUGGCAGUUGUCUGUAAGAAUGGCCAGAUGCAUCUUUUUGAACAUGUCCUGAAUGGCCACUACAAGAAACCCCUGGUUCCUUCCUGCACAGUACAGGUGGCCUCUUCUUGUUCGGGGACUGAUGGAGUGCCAAGACCAGUUCCUAUAUUUGCUGCAGCCAUCAUGCUUGACAGACAGAGUUUACUUCUUGCUUAUGGAAGUGUUUUGCAUCCUGUUUUGGAACGCACAAUUUGGAAUACUGGUGACAGCCAUAUGUGCUUGUUGAGAGAUCUACAAAGUACAUUAACACUCAGUGUUGAAACUUCACUUACCAAGGUAAAAACUCCCCUUAUAAAAUCAGAUGCCAAAGUUCUUCUCCCAGGGUUUCCUGGUCACAGCGUACCCAUCUUGUCUGGCCCUGGAGAAGCAGAGAAAAGAAAAAAUAUUUCUGAUACCAAAGAAAUAACUAUUGAGGAACGGCUAGGAGAAAUUGACCUUUCUUUAGCAACUAGAGGAAAGAGAAAUUUGGAAGGUGGCAUACACCUUCAGACCGACAACUAUGCUGUUCUUCUCGUCCAGGGGUUGGAGAGUAAUGAUCCUGAAAUCCUCAAUAAAGUGCUACAAACCAAGAAGGAAGCCGUAAUGAAAAAGACAGUUUCCCGAUUGCCUAUAGCAGCUGUGCUGCCACUGGUCCAAGAGCUCACCAAGAGGAUGCAGGGACAUCCAUACAGUGCUGGGAUGAUGGUUCGAUGGCUGAAAGCAGUCUUUACUCACCAUGCCUCAUAUCUCUCGACAUUGCCGGAUUUGAUAUCUCAACUGGGUGUAUUGUACCAUAUGAUUGAAUCGCGUGUCAAGAUGUUUCAGAAGCUGGCAAAGCUGCAUGGGAAACUAUACCUCCUCAUUACACAGAUAUCUGCCUUAGAGAGCUCAAUAAACAAUACAGAGUUAAAUCAAGAAGCCAAGUUGGUCUAUGAGGAAGAGUCUUCAGAUGAAGAAGGGGGGUCGGGGGAUGAAAUGCUUGGCGAAGAUGAUGAUUCUAAUAACUGGGAGGAAGAAGAUGACCAUUUGGAAGAUGCAGGUUCAGAGGACUCUGAAGAGAUGAAUGUUGAAUCGAAAGUUAAUGGAGAUUCUGAACCAGAGAAUGAAAGUGAAGAGGAAUAACUAGAACAUCAGUUACUGACCUUACCUGUGUUUGUUUUGUUUUGAUAAUUUUAUUAAUUUUAUACAACUGAAAAGAACAUACCCUUUGGCCAUAGAUGCCUGGCAUUUCUCCCUAGGACAGCCUGUGAGGGAGUAGUCUAAUUUUCAACAAUAUGCUGAUUAUCAGAAGACUGUGUUCCAUUCUUCAUUCUAUCAAGAAAAAAGUUCUUGGUGGGUCACAGUGUAUAUCCUUUUUUUUUUUUUUUUUCUUCUUCUUCUUCUUCCAAUUUUUCCCUAAGGCCGCAGUGACAUAUCAGGAAGGACAUCUCCCUAAUCCAAACUUGACCAUAAUUAAUCUUUUCUAUAUGCCUAUGUAAAUCUCUUGUUUGUACAGUGCAGUACUUUGUAUUAACAACCCUUUUCAUCACCACUGUUGGUGACAGGGUUCUACUGCAAAAUUAAAAGGAAAAAAUAUGUUGAGAGGACCCUUA